AUGAGUUUCGCUUAUCAUCCAGCACAAGAACCUUGCAUUGGAAGUGCUUUACCGUCGAACUCAUUUGUAAAUAGAUUAAAGAAAAUAACAGAGCGACUUAACAUGGAUCAACCCAUUUAUCCAGAUAUAGACACAAUUUAUUCGUUUUGUUUGGAGUAUGUUAAUGCUAUUACUGUUUAUAUGCUUCAAGGAUUUCCAAAAGACUAUGAACCGCUCCCAGAUUUCGUUGCUUUUAUUGAUAUUCUUAUUUAUUAUCUUGAUCAGUAUGAUACAAAGCCCGAAAUCGACAAAGAUGUCUUUUUACAAUGCUUGUAUAUCACCACAAAGGGGUUAAAUGCAGACAUUGUCUUUAAAGAUGAGCCUUCGUUAUUAAACGUCUUAAAGUUAAUUGCAGAUUCAAACUCUAAAGCUGUGCAGGAUGAUUUCAAGAACACUCUUUUCAGGGCAAUACUUAAAAGCCCCCAAAACAAAAAAGUAAUUUUAACAAAUACUUUCUUCUUACUUACUUGCAAGCGAUUCUUCAAUCACGUCGAAUAUUCAAAGUUUAUUGAUGAUAAUUUAAAGCAAAUAAUAAGUUUAUUCGUACUGGAUUCAAUCGAUUUAGAUACAUCAUACGUAUGUACAUUCUUUUUCAAUAUGAUAUCAAACAAUUCAAUACCAAACGAAAAUGCUUAUUCCGCAAUAAAAUUUUUAACAAGUUACUUGAAAAUGAAUACUCUACAUGCCAAAAAGGCGAUUAAUGAGAUAUUUCCAUCUUUAAAUGGUUUUUCAUUGAUACUUAAUUUACUUAUUCAGGCAAAUCCUCAAAAAAUCAAACUUGUUUUUUAUGAUUUAUGUACUUUGACCAAAAAGGCCGAAGAAUCAACAUUAAACUUCAUAAUGGCAGAAAUAGGAAAUUCUAAUCAGAAAUUAAAUGUCAUUGUUCAACUUUACAGCACAAUUUCAAUGGUAAUUACUCAAAAAGGCUUUUCUUCACACGAUAUCGAGUUUAUUACAGAUCCAUCAGUAUUCAUGAGACCACAUCAAUCAAUGGAUGAAGAAAUGAAGACUUGUACCUGCUUUUUAUUCAACAGAUUUUGCGCGUUAGGCUAUAAAUACGUAAAACUCUGUUUAUCACCAUUAUUAGAUAACUUUCUUGAUGGAAUUAGCGAUCAACAUUGCGAGUGGAUCUCAGAAGGCUUAGAUUUAGCAGGGAGAGGCUUAAUUUCUCCUACAGAUUUGAAAAACGGAAACUUAUUGGAAUUAUUCAUUGUUUUACAAAGUCCUGAUUUCAUUGCUCAUAUUUUAGAGAUUUUCACCAAACUUACACCAUGUUUAGCAUCAGCUUACGGUGCUGAGAACGAUCCGAACAAGAAAUUCAUCAUUAUUACACAAAUUUUACAUUCUCAGCAAUAUUUCAAAGAUCAAAACAAGUUUUUGAACUCAUUUUCCAUGUUUAUCAUCGAAGACAAAGAGAAACACAUUGUUUUAACAAGGCUCAUGGAAAUGUGCUUUAAGUCUAUGACAGAUGAAAUCAUGCUUGCAAUUUCAUAUGUUUUUAUGCAAGACGAAAACACAUGUUUAGUUUUCUUGAACAAAUGCAAUGGUUUACAAGUUUUAGACGACAUCAUUAACUCGGUAGAGAUCACAGAAGAGAACAAAUCAUUGUUCUUGGAAUCAUUGACAACAGGAGAUACAGCAAUGAUCAUUUCCGAUUGGAUUUUAUCUCUCAAUCCAAACCACAAUUUGUUCAAAAUCGAACCAAGGAAUUUAUGGAACAUUAUUUUCUUCGACGAUGGAAAAACAUUGUGCAUCAGAGUUCCUUCUUUGAUUCCUUUCGUUCCUCUACCUCCUGAUGUCGUAUUAAGUCCUGCUGAUAUCUAUUUGAUCUACACGAAAGCUCUCAAAGAUUUCACGACAAGAGAAUACACUAUUGAAAUGUCUCAGAUCAUCUCAGCCAUUACAAACAGAUACAUUUCAUUUUCUGAUUACAAGAAACUCAUUUAUUCCAAGAAGAAGAUUUCUCCAAUGUGCAAUGAGAAUUUAGAUCACUUCCCUGUCUUCGAGUUACAGCCAUUCAAGAAGGAAUCAUAUAUUCACAUAAUGAGAUUCGCAAAGGCAAUUUCUUUCUGGGUCAAAUUGGAAAAUUACACUGACCAAACAAUUACAAUUUUGACAGCAAAUAACUUAGAAAUUACUUUACUAAAUGAUAAUUUCACUGUUAAAUACCAUGGAACUAUAUAUGGAAUUGUUAAAGUAGAAUCAACACAUUGGGUAUUGAUGCAUAUAAAUCUUGUAAAUGAACUAUUAAGAUGCGUAUUAAAUGUUGGAAUUGGAAAUAAAACUGUUGAAAUUGUUCUUCCAGAUCCAAUUGAACAUUUCUCAUCAUUCACAAUCGGAAAAGUCGAUGAAACAACAAAGACAAGGUUCUUUAUUGGCCCUGCAAUCAGAUUAUUCUCCAAGCAAGUACAAGACAAGAAGAAGAUCGAAUCUUUAGGUGUUUCUUCGAUGAAGAUGACAACAGAAAUCUUGUUGAUAACUCCAAAUUGGGGCGACGAUGAAAUGUUUGGAAAAGGAUGCUUCAAAGUUCCUUACAAGAGCUUCUGCUCAUUCUUACAAGAAAAAGAAAGACUUAUUGAACUUUACAACAUCAUUUUAGAUAUGGAUGAUCCAAUCUUGAUCUCUGAUUACAUCAAAUGUUUGAUUUCAUGUCACCAAAUAAAUAAUUGCGGCGGAGAAACAUUUUGGCCAAUGAUCAAAUUACUAUUCAAGAGGAAACACGAAUAUCUCAAGGAUACAAGCACUUUAGAUUUAAUAACAACACUCUAUUACAAUAGUUGCAUCCAUUACAUUGGAAAUGAUAUCGAAAUGUGGGAAUUGUAUCCAGAUAAAAUGUGCCAAAUUUCACCAUAUAAUGACACAUUGCGAGCUUAUAUGGCAACAUUGUGUUUCAGUCGUAUGCUUCAGAAACAAGAAUACAGCUCAUUAUUGCUUGCUUUGAAUGAUGUAGGCAAUUACAACGCUGUUUAUAACUUGUUCUGCAUUUCAGAUGAAACUAUUCAACUUUCAAUUUUGAAUCACAUUAUAAUGAAAAAUAAAAUGAACUUUGACAACAAAUUAUUGUCUGUUUUCCAGUUCAACAGAUUAAUAAUGAUCAUGUUGACAUCAACAAUGACAGUUUCAAGAAGAAUUUUGGAUUUAAUUUGCUUGAUCAAUUCAAAUGAAAAAGAUUAUGUCAAACCAACAAUAAGUUUCUCUUGCGCUGUAAUGAGAUUGAUCGAAUCAGAGAGCUUAAAGAAUACUUUAUUGUCCCUACUAACAGGUACAUUCGAAGUAGAAGUCCUUAUCAACGCCAUUCAAGUUAAUAGACCACAUAUAAUUCCUGCACUUUUGUUCAUCUUAAUUUUGACAAUUUCCGCUGAUUUUGCAAUGUGUGGAGAUGAAAACAAGAUUGAUCAAGCAGUGAAUUUCUUCGAGAACCAGUUAUCAAUGCUGAUUGAUUUGUUCACAAGUAUUUGCGUCGGAUACAGGACAAAUCUUCUUGGAACUCCCGAAAUCUUGGAUUUGAUUUCUUUCGUUUUUCCAUGGAUGUUUGACUUGAAAACACUCAAGGAAAACGAAGAAACAAAGGUUGAUGGAAUAAUCGAUCAAUCAAAAUUGAAACACAUGUUGUUUGAUUCAUGGAAUCUUCCAAGUUAUUUGGAAUCAGAAGUCAAAGAUCCGGUUGAAAUUAAAUCCAACUUCGAAACACAAAACCAUUUAAUCUUGAAUUCUGUUUUAUCACUGAUCAGGAAAUGCUGUCCUGAAUAUGACGCAGAAAACUUACCAAUUGGAAUUUCUCCAUUGGUUGACAAAGUUUCACAGUUUUUGUUCGAUUUAAUUACAAGUUUCACAGAGAAAAAGAUGUUCUUCAUUGCAGCAAGAUGUUUAACAUUUGUUGACUUGAGACCAUCUCCUCAAAUAUGCUUAAUCAUGUUGAACAAGUUCUUUAGAUCAUACGACAUCACAAAUUGCGAAAUAUUCUUUGAUUUGGCUGCAAGAGUUCAUUUCAGACCAAGCAUCAAAGAAAUCAAACCAAUUUCAACAGAAAUCGCGAGAAUUUUGGUGUCGAAAGAACUUGAAAAUGUCUCAAAGAACCAAUCAUCAAUCUAUGCAAUCAGAAUGAUUUUAUAUAAUAUCUUAGAUGUCUUGAGUUUAGAAGAAUCAUGCAAUUUGAUAUCAGAUAUUAUAAACAUUCGAAAAUUUGCCGAACAUGUCUUUUCUGAUCCGAAAUUCACACUUCUGAUUCUUGAGAGAUUAUGCCAAUUCGUUGGAACACAAAAUGAAUUACUUUGCCAAACUCUCAGCAAAUUUACUUUGUUUGUUUCAACACUCAAAAUAAGUGAUAAUUACAUUGAAAAUCUACUAACUUUGUUGCAAGGUUUAUCCAUUGCCGACUCUCCAAACUUCAAAGAUUGGCUCACAUCGAACAAAGAAAUUUACAUGAUUGGCAUGGAAAAAAUGAAGAGAUUCUUUGGAGAAUUCGAUGACAGCUGGCAAAAGAAUUUCAAGAAUUCUGAUUAUUUGCUCGAGUUCCAUGAUACAUUGAAUGAAAUCUAUAACGGAAUGAACUUACAUGUACAGUCUGUUAAUAAGUUUCCUGCAAUCUUGAAGACAAUCACUGAUAUCUACAAGGAUGAUUCCCUUAGAAAGAUCGAAGAAGAUGAAAUGAAUUUGUUCUGGCAAAUUAAUUCGAUCGAACUUUCAAGCGUUCAAAGGAACUGCUACAUGAUGGGAGAGCACACAUGGCCAGGUGAUUGUCCAUUGAUACAAACACCAUCUCCAAUUAAGCUUCCUAAAUUUGGUGUAGGAACAUCAAGACCUGAAUUGUACACUCAUCAAUUACCUCAAACAAUUUGUUUCACAACAGGAAACAACAUUAAACUCUAUAAUGAGAAAUACACAGUUUUCGCAACUUUGGAGAAAUAUUCAAAGAAUAGUGCUUUCUUACCAAUAAGAUGCUCUUCUUCAAUGUCGAACUCAACCAAGUCAAUGUAUUACAGCUUCGUCAGAAAGUUCUCGCAGAUACCUCAAAUUUACAAUUGCAAAUUCCUGAAAUAUUCAGAUCCAAUUCAAUCUGUCACAUUUGUUGACAAUACGAAGAUAACUGUAUUAAUUGGAGCUUCUUUCGAGAACACGAAUGAACUGAAACUUAUGAAAGAUUACAUUUCUCCAAUCUGUUAUUCAGCUCUUUCUCAUCAAAUGACUUUGGGAAUGUUUGGAAAAGUUUCACUUUUCUGUGGACAUUUCGCAGUCACUGUUAACAAAUCCGACAUUUUACUUGUCAGAAAGAGAACAUACAACUAUCAGAACAACUGUGCAGAGAUACAUACCUGGAAUGGAACUGACUUUAAUAUCAUUUUCCAAGGAAAUAAUGUUCCACAUAUUAUUACAGCAUUUAACUACGAUUACAGGUUCAUAAACAAUAAAGUUUUUAACAUGCCAUUAGCAAUGAUGACCGAACAAUGGCAGAUAAGUGCAUUGACAACUUUCAAGUAUCUGCUUGGUGUCAAUUUUGCUGCAGGAAGAUCUUUCUCUGAUUACUCACAAUAUUUUGUUUUCCCAUGGGUAAUUUCGAAUUAUUCAGAUGCCACUCUUGAUAUUUCGAAUCAAAAUGAUGUUAGAGAUCUUCAAAAACCAAUGGGAAUGAUAGGAGAAGAAAGAGCAAAGAACUUUAUGAAACAGAGAUUGGAGAAAAAGACAGAAUACAUUAUUCCUAGCCAUUAUUCAAUGUCUUCUGCUAUUCAUCAUUUCUUGUUGAGAUGCCCUCCACAUACAUUGAUCGAAUGGGAUGUAAACAAUGGCUGGGAAGUUUCUACAAAGACAUUCCAUGAUUUGGGAGUUUCUUGGAGAAAUGCAAGUGAAUUACAGCCAAAUGACUGCAAAGAAUUGAUUCCAGAAUUCUUCUGUUUACCAGAAAUGUUCGUCAACAGAUCGAAACUUAACACAAGAGAUGUUAUGCUUCCGAAAUGGUGCCAAUCCGGACCUUGUCAAUUCGUAAUGGCAAAUCGCGAAAUCCUCAACAAUUCAGAGAAAAUCAAUCUCUGGAUUGACUUGAUUUUCGGAUACCUCCAGAGCGGAUCCCAAGCAGAACAUAUUGGAAAUAUCUACGAUCCGAUUUGCUAUCCUCAUAAAAUUUCAUCUUCUGAUGACAGAUCAAUUGUAGAGCUCCAAAUUUCUACUUUAGGACAAUGCCCACAACAGAUAUUCAGAAAACCACAUCCAACAAAGAUCCAGAAGACACCAGAUGAUGACAAAGAACAACAGAAAGCGCUUUUUAGACAGAAACAUUCAUCAAUUAGACCAAAACCGAAUUUCUCUCAAUUAGAAGAAAGUUUUGAUGGAGCAUUUUGCAGAGGAAAGAUUGCUGUUAUGCCUCAAGAAAACUCUGUUGUUCUUCACAUCAAAAAAGUCAACAGCAUGAGAUGCUAUACAACAUAUUUCAAUGACGCUACAGCAAUGUCUUGUUCCGAAGAUGGAAACUUAAUUGUUGUUGAUGACGCAAACUUUGUUUCAUCAGUUUACUUCAUAGAUAUUGUUGGUGACUUUUUAGGAGUAAGAAAAGUUGGAUCAAAAGUUUUCGAAGACACAGUUAGAUCCAGAAUUGACAGUACAAUGCAAAUUGCUAUUUCAUUCAUGAAGAAUUACUAUGUUUUAUGGCAUCCAAUUCGAGGAACUACCUUAGAUAAAGUUGAAAUGGACGGAAUCAUUGAUAUUAUCUUCAUUGAGAAAUAUUUGGCAUUUUGCAUUUUGAUGCCAAAGAGAUUGGUAGUUAGGACAUAUUCCAACACUGAUAUUUGCGAGAUGCAGAUGCAGAAGGAAGCAACUUGCAUGAUCAAACAUAAUGAUGGUAUUUUUGUUGGAUAUAAAGAUGGAUCAAUCGAAGUUGUUGCCAUUGACAGAAUGAGAUUGAUGCCAAAAUCAAUGAAGAUUUUUGAAGAUUCGACUGUAGGAAUUGUGAAAUUAGUUAGAAACGGAACAUACAUUUUUGCUUGGACAACUCAGGAUAGAAUUAUCUCUAUAAUUUAA